AUGACUACCCGCAUGCUUCUGUUUAUUGGAGCAGUCUUAGCCGGUGUCGGGACGGCCUGCUCCACCCCAGGCAAUUUCAUCAUAACCUUUUACGGCUUUCCAGAUAAUUCUCCCCCUGGCUCAGGCACGGCCUACAACUGUGGCGGCCGAAAUUAUAUUGCCGGUGGCUCUGGUACCUACGAUGACCCGGUGACAAUUGCGACUGCGCCUGGCGAACUCGACGUUUGCGAAAUCGUUUAUCUUCCGCUUCUUACUAAAUACGGUCGCCGCGAGGACGACUGUGCGCAGUGCACUACCGACUAUAGUAAUGGAGAACCUCACAUUGACAUCUGGACUGGGUCUUCAAACAUCAAUGGUGGCCAAAAUCAGAUCGACUGUGAAGAUAAUCUUACUUAUGGAGGACGCUACACCAUCGUGCGAAACCCGCCGACCAAUUAUGGCGUUAACACCUCACCUCUGUUUGUGCCUCCUAGCACUUGCAACACGCAGGACGUCUACCCCGAUAACCCGGCUCAUUGCUAG